AAUUCAAAGAUAUAAAUAGUUCCGGUCCCGGUUCCGAGCGCGGGGUCAGUGUUGCAGCCGCUAUGGAGGAGCUUGCGUCCUAGCCCUCGAAACCGGGCAAAGUUGGCCCGCUCUGCGCGUUUGUGACCAGCAAGGGGUUUGCGGGCGCCCCGAGCCUAGACAGCCCGACGCAGCGGUGAGGCGGAACUACUUUGUGGACUGUUUGGUUUCUAGCAGAGGUUUUCCUGUCCAAGUCGGUAGUGAAAAUGCAUAUUAAGUCAAUCGUUCUGGAAGGAUUCAAGUCCUAUGCUCAGAGGACUGAAGUCAAUGGUUUUGACCCCCUCUUCAAUGCUAUCACUGGUUUGAAUGGUAGCGGGAAGUCCAACAUAUUGGACUCCAUCUGCUUUUUGCUGGGUAUCUCCAACCUGUCUCAGGUUCGGGCUUCUAAUUUACAAGAUUUAGUUUACAAAAAUGGUCAGGCUGGUAUUACCAAAGCCUCAGUGUCGAUCACCUUUGAUAAUUCGGACAAAAAGCAGAGUCCUUUAGGAUUUGAGGUUCAUGAUGAAAUUACAGUAACAAGGCAGGUGGUUAUUGGUGGCAGAAAUAAAUAUUUAAUCAAUGGAGUGAAUGCAAACAAUACCAGAGUACAGGAUCUCUUCUGUUCCGUUGGCCUUAAUGUCAACAACCCUCACUUUCUCAUCAUGCAGGGCCGAAUUACAAAAGUAUUGAAUAUGAAACCUCCAGAGAUUUUGUCCAUGAUAGAAGAAGCAGCUGGAACCAGGAUGUAUGAAUACAAAAAAAUAGCUGCCCAGAAAACUAUAGAAAAAAAGGAGGCUAAGCUCAAAGAAAUUAAGACGAUACUUGAAGAAGAGAUUACACCAACCAUUCAAAAAUUAAAAGAGGAAAGAUCUUCCUACUUGGAGUACCAAAAAGUAAUGAGGGAAAUAGAACAUUUGAGUCGUUUAUAUAUUGCUUAUCAGUUUUUGCUGGCUGAAGAUACCAAAGAACGCUCAGCUGAGGAGUUAAAAGAAAUGCAGGAUAAAAUUGUAAAGCUUCAAGAGGAAUUGUCUGAAAAUGAUAAAAAAAUAAAAGCACUUAGUCAUGAAAUAGAAGAGUUGGAGGAAAGAAAAGAUAAGGAAAUUGGAGGUAUACUCCGAUCUUUAGAAGAUGCUCUUGCAGAAGCUCAGCGAGUUAAUACUAAAUCUCAAAGUGCCUUUGAUCUCAAGAAGAAAAAUCUGGCAAGUGAAGAGAACAAACGCAAAGAGCUGGAAAAAAAUAUGGUCGAGGAUUCUAAAACGUUAGCAGCAAAGGAAAAAGAGGUUAAAAGUAUAUCAGAUGGACUGAAUGCCCUUCAAGAAGCCAGUAAUAAAGAUGCUGAAGCUUUGGCUGCUGCACAGCAGCACUUCAAUGCCGUUUCUGCCGGCCUGUCCAGUAAUGAAGAUGGAGCAGAAGCAACUCUUGCUGGUCAAAUGAUGGCCUGUAAAAAUGACAUCAGUAAAGCUCAGACAGAGGCCAAACAGGCUCAGAUGAAGUUGAAACAUGCCCAACAGGAAUUGAAAACUAAACAAGCUGUAGUUAAGAAGAUGGAUAGUGGCUACAGAAAGGAUCAAGAAGCUUUAGAGGCUGUGAAGAAACUUAAAGAAAAACUUGAAGCUGAAAUGAAAAAGCUAAAUUAUGAAGAAAACAAAGAGGAAAACCUUCUGGAAAAGCGCAGGCAGCUGUCUCGUGAUAUCAGUAGAUUGAAAGAAACCUAUGAAGCUCUCCUGGCCAGAUUUCCCAAUCUUCGAUUUGCCUACAGGGAUCCAGAGAAGAACUGGAAUAGAAAUUGUGUGAAAGGACUUGUAGCUUCUCUGAUUAGUGUGAAAGAUGCUUCUGCAACCACAGCUUUGGAAUUGGUGGCUGGGGAACGACUCUACAAUGUUGUAGUAGACACAGAGGUUACUGGAAAAAAGCUACUAGAAAAGGGGGAAUUGAAGCGUCGGUACACCAUAAUUCCACUCAAUAAAAUUUCAGCCAGAUGUAUUGCUCCAGAAACUCUGAGGGUCGCUCAGAAUCUUGUCGGCCCCGACAAUGUUCAUGUGGCUCUUUCCCUGGUUGAAUACAAACCAGAACUUCAGAAAGCAAUGGAAUUUGUCUUUGGAACAACUUUUGUUUGUGACAAUAUGGAUAAUGCAAAAAAAGUGGCCUUUGAUAAAAGGAUAAUGACUAGAACUGUAACUCUAGGAGGUGAAGUAUUUGAUCCUCAUGGGACAUUGAGUGGAGGUGCUCGAUCCCAGGCAGCUUCUAUUUUAAACAAGUUUCAAGAACUCAAAGAUGUUCAAGAUGAGCUGAGAACCAAGGAGAAUGAGCUACAGGCUCUAGAAGAGGAAUUAGCAGGUCUUAAAAACACUGCUGAAAAGUAUCGCCAACUAAAACAGCAGUGGGAGAUGAAGACUGAGGAGGCAGAUUUAUUACAAACGAAGCUGCAGCAAAGCUCAUAUCACAAGCAACAAGAAGAAUUAGAUGCUCUUAAAAAAAUUAUUGAGGAAAGUCAGGAGACCUUAAAAAACACUGAAGAAAUUAAAAAAAAAGCAGAAGAAAAAUAUGAAGUAUUGGAGAAUAAAAUGAAAAAUGCAGAAGCUGAAAGAGAGAAAGAACUGAAGGAUGCUCAGAAAAAACUGGAUUGUGCCAAAACGAAAGCAGAUGCUUCUAGCAAGAAAAUGAAAGAAAAACAACAGGAAGUUGAAGCUAUCACUCUGGAGCUGGAAGAGCUCAAGAGAGAGCAUGCAUCCUAUAAACAACAGCUCGAAGCUGUAAAUGAAGCUAUCAAAUCCUAUGAAGGUCAGAUUGAAGUAAUGGCAGCUGAGGUGGCUAAAAAUAAGGAAUCAGUAAAGAAAGCUCAAGAAGAGGUGACCAAGCAAAAGGAAGUGAUAACAGCCCAAGACAAUGUAGUUAAAGCUAAAUAUGCAGAAGUGGCAAAAUAUAAAGAGCAAAACAAUGAUUCUCAGCUUAAAAUUAAGGAACUAGACCACAACAUCAGCAAACAUAAACGAGAAGCUGAAGAUGCUGCUGCAAAGGUGUCCAAAAUGUUGAAAGAUAAUGACUGGAUUAACGCAGAGAAACACCUCUUUGGGCAACCCAAUAGUGCAUAUGAUUUCAAAACUAACAACCCAAAAGAAGCUGGUCAGAGACUUCAGAAGCUGCAAGAAAUGAAGGAGAAACUAGGAAGAAAUGUCAACAUGAGAGCUAUGAACGUACUGACAGAAGCUGAAGAGCGAUAUAAUGACUUGACAAAGAAGAAGAGAAUUGUAGAAAAUGACAAAUCUAAAAUCCUUGCAACUAUAGAGGACCUUGACAGGAAGAAGAACCAAGCCCUCAAUAUUGCUUGGCAAAAGGUGAACAAGGACUUUGGAUCUAUUUUCUCUACUCUUUUACCUGGUGCAAAUGCUAUGCUUGCACCACCAGAGGGGCAAACUGUUUUGGAUGGUCUGGAGUUCAAGGUUGCAUUAGGAAAUACUUGGAAAGAAAACCUAACUGAACUUAGUGGUGGUCAGAGGUCUUUAGUGGCUUUGUCAUUAAUACUGUCCAUGCUCCUCUUCAAACCUGCUCCAAUUUAUAUCCUGGAUGAGGUGGAUGCAGCCUUGGACCUUUCUCAUACCCAGAAUAUCGGACAGAUGCUGCGUACUCAUUUCACACAUUCUCAGUUCAUUGUGGUGUCCCUAAAGGAAGGUAUGUUCAACAAUGCAAACGUCCUUUUCAAAACCAAGUUUGUGGAUGGCGUUUCUACAGUAGCCAGAUUUACUCAGUGUCAAAAUGGAAAGAUUCCAAACGAGACCAAAUCCAAGGCAAAAGGACCCAAAUGAUCAGAUGUGGAAGUUACAAAUACAAAUUUGCUCCUUUACCUUGACCUGUUUUUUAAACAAACUUUUUAAGAACUCGGGGUUUAUCUAACUUGUUUAUAUAAAAAGGUAAUGUUAUUUUGUUACUUAACGCAUACUUUCUCUUCCUUUAUAUAAUCACUUAUAAAUGAGCAUAGAUUCCUCUUUUCUUCAUAUUAACUAUGGUCCAAUUACUGUGAUUGUGAUUUUAUGCAUGUCAUCAGAUGUUCUUACACAAGUCUUUAUAUAUUAGGGAGACUGAGAUACCUGGUUGGUGGUAAAUUCUGUUUGUAAAGGAAAAAAUACAAAGAAACCAAUUAAAUUAAAUUAUAGGAUAAAUAUAGCUGAUAGUUUUAAAUACUAAGCUUAAUUCCUAACGUAAUAUUAGUGUAUUUUCUAUUGCUAAUAAAGUCAUUCGGUCAGGAAGAAUUAUAAAGCAAGUCGCUGGACCAACAAAGGGAACACCAAGAAAUCUGUUAGGCGUGCAUGGAGCUAUUUGUAGUUAGCUCCUUGAGGACACAGUGCCAGAUCCCUGAGUAAAACUCAGAUGGGAAACAGAUCUUGAAAGAUUUCUCUCAUUUUAAUGAUGCUUCAAUAUCAUGUUUCUGUAUGCAUAGUAAUUCGUCUCUGCAAUCCCAAUUUUUUUAAAAGUCUAUGAAUAUUUUAAUAGAAGCUUGGGAAAAGGUGUGUUGCAUGCUCUUCUCUGCUGCAAAUUUAUCUAAAAUCUCCUAAUAUUUUCAAAGAUUUUUGUCAGCCUUUUCAUAAUGCAAUCAAUAGCAAUCUAUUGGUGAAUGAGAACGUAGGAGCCAGCAGACUAACCAAAUUUUUCUUCUUCCUUCAGUCCGAUUCAUAUGUAAAUAAAUAGAGCCAUCUGUUUUACCAAAAGGACUCAAAAUUUGAUGAUUUUUAUAUUGCUUAGUGUCUUCUGCUUUCCAGUUCAAAAGGAGGAAAUUCCUUUAAGAACUCAAAAGAUGAUGCUAACAAACUCUGUUAAGAAUACUCUAUAUAUAGUUCUUAGUAUCCGAAGUGCUUCACCAGAGCAGUGUCUCCAAACUGAAUCUUGAAAGCUCUGACAUGAUCUAAUCUGAUCUUGGGUAUGUUAUUUUGGCCCCACAUCCCUUGUUGCUACUUGUUUAGUCUUUGUGUUAUCCUUUCCCUGACACAUGUUCAUACUUCCUGGCCCUAGGUUUAACAUUACUCAUCCUUCACUCUCAUGCAUAUCUGAGGAUGUCAGAGAACACUCAAGUAACUGAUAUUUUGGGAUACAUUGGAAAGGAUUGAAUCUGGAAUUAGUUUUGUCCACUGUGGAAGGAGAGAGAGACAAAGCUGUAAAUGCUCAGUUACAGGAAGUCCAAUAUCACAUAUAACAGACAUAAGUUUAUUUCCUUCCAAGUGUAUUGCAAAUUACACUGUCAUCAAUAUAGUAUACCUGUUGAUCACAACCUAGCCAGCACUGGCUGUUAAUUUUAAUACUUCUGAUUUACUAGUUAUAUAGCAGUACUUCAUUGCUGUUUUAACAGCCUUUUAUAAAUAACUUAUGAGGUUGAAUAUUUUGCCAUAUGUACUAAUUUUUUUCCUCUACUACAAAUUUUCUAUUUUCCUAAUUUUUAUCUUACAUGUAAUCUUUCUAUUUGAUGAAAAUCCUCAAACAUAUCAAAUUUUUGUGAGUAAUCAUUAUUUGAUUAGAGGGAACACAUUCAGGGGAAUGGGGACAUUUAUUUCACACAUCUGCACUAAUUUGAGUAACAUUCAUUGAGCUCUUUCUAUCCAUCAGACACUGUUUUCAUUUGCACAUGUUUUCACAUUUAGUCCUAAUAAUAAUCCAGUGAGGUAAGAACUGCUGUUAUCAGCAUUAUGUAAUUGAGGAAAUUGAAUUGAGCGAGAAGUUAAGAAACUUGCCCACAGUGAUAAUGCAGUUAGUGAGGGGUGGAGCCAAGGUACAAAUCUUGGCAGUUGGUCUCCAGACCCCAUGAUGACACCACCUCUCUGACAGCUUGAACAUUUGCAUCUAUUGUAUAUAAUAAAUUUAAGAGAUACAUGGAUGAGCAGUACGCACAACAUGUGAAAAUUAUCUUUAGGAAGGACCUCAAAUGUUUGAAGAGAGGAUUCCUUGUGUUUUCCUUUGUUUUUUGUUUUAGCAUUUCAGGUAUGCUAACUGCAAAUGCAAAAGCAAAGACUUGAAAAUCCUUCUUCCAAUAUGGUAGAGUAAUCUAGCAAGCCAGCACUCCCACAAUUAUGUCAUCUGUAAAUCAGGGCAGUUUUGUUUCUUCCUGUUUAAUCUGUAUGCCUUUGAUUGCCUUAUUGCACUGGCUUGAACUUCUAGCACUAUGUUGUAUAAGAGUGAUGAGAGCUGGCAUAUUGCCUUUUUUCCCAAAAUUAGGAGGAAAGCAUUUAGUCUUUCACCCCUAAGUAUAAUGUUAGCUAUAGACUUUGAGUAGAUGUUCUUUAUCAAAUUAAAGAAGUUCCCUUCUAUUCCUGGUUUGAUCAUAACUUUAUCGUGGAUAGGAGUUGAAUUUUGUCAAAUGCUGUUUUCUGCAUUGAUUGAUAUGAUCAUGAUCCUGUAACUUUCCUUAUCCUGUUAAUAUAAUUAUGUUGCUUAAUUUUUAAAUAUUAAACCAACCUUGUUAUCUCUGGAAUAAACUUCACUUGGUCAUGGUGUA